AUGGCAAUUGAAUUGGUUAGAGAGAUGGAAGGCAAAAAGUUGGAUCUGGAUAUUGUAGUGUAUAAUAUUCUUAUUGAGGGUUUCUGCAUAGCAGGAGAAGUUGAAUCUGCAAGAGAUCUCUUCUUUGGUUUAUCAUCAAAACGACUCCAACCUAAUGUGAGGAUGUAUAAUACUAUGAUUAGUGGAUUUUGUUAUGGAGGCCUAUUAAGUGAAGCAGAAAAGUUGCUCAAGGAAAUGGAAGAUAAAGGCUAUCCUCCAUAUGGUUGUACUUAUAACACAAUUAUUCGAGGAUUGAUUAAUAACAAUGAGACACUGCAGGCAAUGGAACUAGUUCAACAAAUGGUGGAGAGUGGUUUCUCUGCAGAUGCAUCAACUGUGGAAUUGAUAGUUGGAUUAUUGUCUAUAGAGAAAGUAGAUCCUGCUUUGUUGCCAUUGUUGAAAAGUUCAUUAUGA